AGUGCGUGAGGCGUAGUCUUUUUUCUGUGGGCCGCAGUUCUCACAUAGUUGCUCCUCCUAGACUCCUCCACACUGAACAGAACCAAAGUACCACACGCUUGUAUCGUUCAUUCAGACUUGGCAAGGUUUACCCGCUUUUGCUGCUUACCAUCACCCUAGUAGAUGGUGUAACGAUUUACGGAAAUUUCGCGCCAACUAGAGAACGUUGAGACCCUGACCGAAAGUUGAGGGCAUGGAGUGCUCGGAUGCGUUGAGAUUAUCAGUAGGAAGGAAUCUAACUCUCGGACCCUCAUGGCAAACGCAUCCAGAUGCCUCUGACUCAAGUGGGAGAGGAGGGGGUCACGGCCGUCAAAUAGAAAAAGAUUUGGUGACAGGAAGAAAAAGGCUCCGAGAAGAAGCUGCGAAAGACGCGAUGUGCACGAAAGCAACUCGCGAAAAGAUGCGACGUGAUCGCUUGAACGACAGAUUCCUCGAGUUGGGAAAGGAACUAGACCCCGGGUUGCCUCCCAAGACGGACAAGGCCGUGAUUCUCAACGACACCGUGAAGCUGCUCGCGCGACUGAAAGCAGAGGCGAUCGCGCUGACCGAAGGCAACCGGCAACUACGCGACCAGAUCAAGGAACUCAAGGUUGAGAAGUCAGAGCUACGCGAGGAGAAGUCGCGAUUGAAGGCGGAGAAGGAGCAGCUGCAAGGGCAGCUGCAAGCCAUGCCCGUGCCGGCCACCGGCUGCUUCACAUCUCAAGCAGCAGCGACGGCGGCUGCAGCAGCGCUUCAAGCAGCAGCAGUGGCAGCAUUUUCAAACCAAGCCACAGCCAAGCCAGCAGACUACACCCCCGGGCUUGCUGCUGCCCCACCUCCCCUGGAACCAGCCGACCAGAGCAUGGGCAUGUGGCAGUGGUUGCCGCCCAUGGCUGCUGACAUCUCCAAGGACCACAUUCUCCGGCCUCCUGUUGCUUGAACGCAUGCGUGCUCUGGGCGAUUACAACCCCUGGCUGCAUGCAGCGCUCACACGCGUGAGAGGAGCAAUGCCACAUGCACUGUUCAGUGACCCCCGUAUGUUUGCACAAACCAAGUGCAACGCACGAUGCAUGACAAGCGUUGCUGAUCAGGGUCAAACAGCUGUUUCGGAGGUAUGGGCCUGCUUCCAGCAAAAAUGAAGACACUUCUGAUCAGGAGUGCAGUAAACCCUUCUGCCUGCAGUGCUCUCUGCAGUCUUCUCGUCAAUGGCAGUGCAGACGAUGGCACGGAGCCUGGAAAGGGCAUUGGCUCUGUCUGAUGCGCAAGACCUUUUUGUACAUGAAACGUUUUAUCCAGUAAUACAUGCUCCAGCCAUGAGUAAGGCACA